ACUUCCCUUCUUAUAAGAUCCCGCAUCUCCUUGGUCCCCACACAGCUGUGUCCAACCAUCAUCGGGGUUUUUUUUUAUCGUCGAUAAUCGUUCAGUGGGAAUAGUAAAAGAAUAUUUGUUUCGAAGUUAGCCGUCGUCGUCGCUAUCAAAAAUACAUUAAUUUCCUUUGUCGCGGGUGUCCAAAAAUCCCUCGUGCCCUCUUUUACAGUGCGCCUCCUCACUCCCCUUGGGUCCCUUUUUCCCCUUGCUCAGCUCACGGUCGCGAGGGAAUUAAAAAAAUUCAAUCUCCAAGUGCAUAUUCUAACGAACCUGAUACAAAAACGAAUGGUCGAUCACUAAAGUAGCUCUGUGCAUAAUUUACAUACGUAUACUUAUACCACAAAGAUAGAUUUACCCAAGUUAUCAUUAAUCAACGGGACGGACACGGAGUGUUAAGGAAAAGGGUUCACGACAUCAAAAAGGUUUUCGUUCGGCCUCGCGGAAGUGUCUGUUUUAAUGUUUUAACGUGUGGGCGAGAAAAACUACAAGAGAAAAAUCGGUGUGUAUAACGGUAUAACGUAUAUACGAAGAAGACGGCCUUCGAAGACUUGACAAAAGGCCUUCGCUAGAAACUCGGACUCAAAGUUUAUUGAACGCGCAGCCCACAAAUAAAAAAAGAGAGCAAGUCGCCACCAGAUCUUUCCAUUCUCUCAGUUUAAUCGUCGUCGCUGUUUCCUUUUUAAUUUUUGUUUUUAUUUUUCCAUUUCUCUAUCUUCGCCUUCGUUCGUAUUCGACAGAAAAAUAUCGAGAAAUCUUGACCAGCGCGUGCUGUGCACGCGUCUUGUGUGUUGUGUGCGUACGCGCGCGCACUGUCUGGAUUUGUGCGUGUGUAUAACUAGGAGAAAAUCUCACAAACAAAAAAAAUUAUAAAUAAGGAAGAAAAACUGAAAUCGUGACUACUGUGAUUUCAUCCAGCAAACAGUAAAGCCUCGUCAGUUAUGUCUACUCCCGCGAGACGAAGACUUAUGAGAGAUUUCAAAAGAUUACAAGAAGAUCCACCUACCGGAGUAUCAGGAGCUCCCACAGACAAUAAUAUUAUGAUAUGGAAUGCGGUGAUAUUUGGACCUCAUGACACACCAUUCGAAGAUGGAACAUUCAAACUCACGAUCGAGUUCACAGAGGAAUAUCCAAACAAACCGCCAACAGUAAAAUUCGUCAGUAAAAUGUUUCAUCCAAAUGUAUACGCCGAUGGUGGCAUAUGCCUGGACAUAUUGCAAAAUCGUUGGAGUCCGACAUACGAUGUUUCGGCUAUUCUGACUUCGAUACAGUCGCUGUUAAGUGACCCAAAUCCGAAUUCACCUGCCAACUCAAUGGCAGCCCAACUUUAUAAAGAGAAUCGACGCGAGUACGAGAAACGAGUGAAGGCUUGCGUGGAGCAAAGUUUUGUGGAUUAGUCUCGGGGAAUGGUCGUAUACUUGUGCCGCUGUUGAGACUCGGGAUCAACCGACAACAACCUACCAUCCCGAUAUGUGGAAGCGAUACGUGCGCAGCUCUACCGAGGAGUUAAUGCUGAAAGCAUAGCACGUCACUCCCUAAAAACAUAAAGAGCGAAUGGCAUAAAUACAUAAAAGAAAAAAACAUUGAAUAAUUCGAACGAAAAGAUGAGAGAAAGGUUAACAGAGAAAUAAGAAAAACACACGCGUACACACAAACCUCUAUUCAACAAAAACCACGAUGUGCAACAUUAGAACGAAUUUUUACCAAUGUUGUAUAAUAAAUUAUUAUAAAACUCUGUAUUUAUUUAUUUGAUAUUCGAUCGAUUGAAAGAAAAAAAAGUUGAAGAGAGCGUGAGACAGUAAGGGAGAGCGAGAGAGAAAGAGAGAGAGAAUUUAAGAAGGACAAAAAAUGAGUAAUAUUGAAAAUAUUAGAUUUAAUAUAUAUGAGUAAUAAUUAUUGUCCGAUUUCUUUUUUUGUCUUUUCCCUCUCUUGUUCCGAUGUUGUAGAAGCGACAAUGCCCUAUGAUACGUCAAGCACAGACUUGUACAUCAAUUUAAUUCUAGUUACUUCAAUAGUUACUAAAUUCACCUAUACAUAUAUAAAUAUAUAUACACGUACAUACAAUAAAGCGCAUCAUUUCGUGCGGUUCUA